GUCCGACCAAUCAGAAUAUGUGCUUGAAAAUUCAAAAGCUUUUCCAACUUGAUUUUUGAAUUAGCGGCGCCUUACUUCCCAAUCUGGAUAUAUAUUCCGAUCUGGAUAUUCAUUUCUUACAACAAAAUUGUUUUAAUACCCCGAACGAGAUAUAGUUUGAAAUUAUAUCCUGAUCAGGAUAUUAAAACAUUUUUGUUGGUUAGUGUAAUUUCUAACGUUCACAUUAACAUGUUUUUUAUCAAAUCUAAUUAGUUUGAAAGGGUAGUUGCCGUGCCGUGCAAUAUGAGUACAAAUGCCGUAACACCUGGAAUGAUGUUCUCUUGGCAUCUUCAGAAAUGCUGGCUGCACACUUGUUAUAUGUUUUAAAAGAUACAGCAAGUUGUGAUUCACUUAUAAAAGACAUAAGGCAGUUUAUCUGCACGGAUGAAUAGUUGGAAAAUUCCCCGUUAAACACAAAGUACGUACACUUAUACAUUCUCAACGCAUGAGAAAAGAAAUGUGUUUCAAUAUAUGUAUACAAGUUUUUACGAUGAAAUUUUGUGUUUUAUACCCCGAUCGGGAUAUUAAUUUUUUUCUAUAUCCUGAUCGGGAUAUAGGAUUAGACUCUUAAGUUCAGAGGGAAAAACGGGUUUCUGAACAUCAAAACCGGCAGAAAAGAUAUUUCAAAAAGAGCCUCAUGCUCCAAAAUAUUAAAAGAUGGAUCAAAUUCUAUUCUAAGUUCCACACUAUAUUUAUCUUAAUUAGUUUUGGACGCUCUUUCGAAUGACUUAAUCAGAAUUUUUUUUCAGUCACUCAUACCUGAGAUGAAGAGUAUGGCACUUUUGACUUUAAAUCGCGUUUUCACUCUAAGGAAAAAGCUUUUCAAAAUUAUUUUUUUUACCAAAAUGUAGCCCGCGCUCUCUUCUAUCUAUUGAUAUAGUUUUCAUAUUUUGUCGGCGCCUAUACAGCAUAAAAAAAGAUUUUUAUCAACCGUACAAAUAAUUUUUGCCACCGGAAGACUUUCAUUUUUCGGCCUAAUGGGCCUACAAAGAGCAACAAUGAAUAUUUCUAACUUGUUUUAUCUACAAAUAUACUAGGGAAAGCGGAGGAUAUUUUAGCGUAAACCGCUUGUCAAAAGCUUUUUUUGUUACCGAGUUAUGAUUAAAACAAAAUCGUACAAGUAAUUUUUGUCCCACUGUAAGAACUUGGUUUCUGUAGACCUACCUAGAGAAGGUCUGUGAGCCAGACAGAUUAUGAUAUUUUGAUCAGCAUCAACAAAAAUUCUACAAAAAGUCUGCUACAGUAAAAUCAAAAUAACCACUAAGGAACACUUCCUCAUCAGUUAAAGUAGAAGUUCUAACGUUUGCACUCAAACUACAUCUGUCAUAGUGAAUUGCUACGAAUGUUAGAAAUCAUGUCUGAAAAUAUUCCUGUUACUCAAACAACCACAAUUUCUGAAAUAUUAAAUAUUUGCACAAUUCAACCAAAAUAAAGAGUGCACAGAAACUUGAGUAUAAAAUUGCUACGAAGAACAUCAAGAGGUUUUUAUAAAAUCUAAAUUCAGUUUUGUUUGAUUUUCAAGCUUUCGAUCCUUAACUUCCACCAUCAUCAAGAAAAUAUGACAAAUGUAAAUGUAAAAUUGAUAAUAAUGGGUGAAUGUCACUAGAAAAAUAGCAUAAACAGAGUAGAGAAAAUGGAACAUAUUGUCACUUGAAUUAUAUGUUCAAGAGAAAGAAGGUGUGAAAGACAUAAAAAUGAAUUAUAUUAUCUUUAUGGAAAGUAACUUUUAUUGUUGUUUUAUCCGAGAGAGGAAGUGUAAAAAACUACUUUAUUUCCACCGAUACAUGAUAAGAUUCGGAUCUUAAAGAAAUAUACAAAAGUCAAAUAUUUGAUAUAUCAUUCUUUCUCAAUGACAAGAAUCUCAAGGUAGAUUAUAUGGUUAAAAGCUCAUUUCAUGUGUUCUGUAUGUGUGGACAGUUAAAUAAGAGUGUCUAAGCAUUGGCAUGAACUCAAUUUUACAUAUAUGUAACAAACGUUCGUUGACAGAAAGAGAAAAUUUGACAACUCUAAGCUUUCGGAAUACUUUCGUGUGUAUGAUGUUAGUACGUGUAAUAUUACUCAUUAUUAACAUCGAAUUCUUUUCUUCUGUACAUAUUUUAUUUUUUUUGUUUGUUUAAUUCUCCACGCUUAUCGAAACUCCAUGUAAUAAGACAUCCCUGUUUUUUGGCAGGUACUUUUCACCUGUAAAAAGAGCAGAAAAAAGUUUUUUGUUUUAUAAUAUUUUUGUUAUUUAUAUUGUAGUACUUCAAAAUUUUUUGGUUACAAUAUGCUUAAAAAACAAUCAUAACCUUGAAUUAUAGAAAGAUUAUGUAUAAAUAAGAAAGAAAAAAAAAACCUGUUUUUCUAAGUCUGAAACAGCUCAGUUUAUAUCAAUCUUACAAUAAUAAUGUAUAUGUGUUCCAGUUGGUGAUGACAUAGCAGUUUAUAUUUCACUCAAUUUAUCUGAAGGAUAUCUCUAGUGAUUUUAAUUAAAAGUAAGACAUAGUUUACACAACUGAAUAUGAUUUUGCAAUGUCAAAGUGUCUGUAUUUUUUGACAAUGCUUAAUUCGCCGUCUAAUCGUGGUUUUAGGGAUCACUACAGUAAACCAAACCAUCAACUGAUCUCAGUGCUGAUCUCAGUCAGUUACUUUUUUGUUCGAAAAUGUUUUGUGUUUGUUAAACUUUAACAAAGUUAGAAAUCAACUUUACUUGAAAAGAACUGAAGUAUUACCUUUUUAUCGGAUGUACCUACAAAAGAGAAAUAGUCUCCUUCCUUAUGUAUUAUGGUACUCUUGGUUUUGCACUAUUUUAUGCCUUAUUUCUAAGUAUUCGUGAUAAAAUUAGUUUUACGAGUUGUUGAUUUUACGAUGUUGUUCAGAUUUUUAUAGUUAAGAUUUCAAAAAUUCUGCUGCAUGUUUUACACGUUUGUUGAAAGUCUUGUGAAAUAAUCGGAUCUGAUCUUUGAAAACACAUGAACGAUUUGUUCAUCUAUAUAACGAUCUUGCAGCAUGUGGAAAUUUUAGCAAAAUUUUUUUUUCUUAUCGGACUCAACAAUAGGUACAGUUUUUGACGCUGAUUGUGAACAUCAACUUUAAAUCGAAGGUAUAAAUUUCAUAUUGGGGAAUCUCUAAAUUAAAAUUUUUUGAAAAUUUUUCUUCACUCACUUAUUUUCUAUUAAAAUUAUAAGAACGCGCCCAUUCGAUGGAAAAUCAAAUUAUUUACAAAACUGACUCUUUUGAUCGAAAAGUGCUUAUGGCAAAGUCAUUUUAUACAGGAACCCAAGUUUGACUAAUUUUUCAAUAAAAUAUUUUAGGCCUCUUUUUCUGAGAGAUUUUACCCAAAUUAGAAACUUCUUUUUGAUUUAAAUUUUUGCUGAAUUUGAAAGAGGACAGUUGAUUGUAAUAUCUACCCGUCUAAACUAGAUUUCUGAAACACGUUUCAGAAUCUGUCAGAAAUACAAAAUUUUCCUAAAACAUCAAUAUUAAGCCAAGCGCACCACUGAAAAGUCCAAGGGGUCUAUUAUCAAAAUCCAUGAUGACCUAGAUGUCGGCGAAGGCUUUUGGCAACGUUUUCUAGAACGACUGGUAAUGUACAGAACAACGACAAUCGUAGAUCCUGCAAGUCGAGUUAUUGCGGUAGCUGCUGGUGUUUUCGGUUUUAUUGCCCUUGUUCUUGCCAUCGUUGGGACGGCAACUCCAUCUUGGUAUUAUAUAAACAUAUCUGGCAAUACUCAAUAUUAUAAUUUUUUCACGCAGUGCGUAGGCAGUUUAGUCAAUGAUACAUCUCAAUGUGUAGAUAUGCAGCGUAACACUAAUUUAGGCCUGAUUACACAGCAUGCCGGUGCUCUAGCUGUUGUAGGUCUUAUAUUUCUUGGAUGUGGAACAAUAAUUGCAUUUGCAAUGGCUUGCAUGCAGUUCUCCGGGAUUCUUAGUCUUAUUUCGCCCAUAUUACUCUUUCUUGCAUCAUUAUUUAUGCUUGCCUCGUUAGCUGAAGGAUCUCGAGUCACACUUUACAAUAGUUAUAGCGCAAAUUUAUUUCAAACAGCGCAUUUAUUGACAUUCUUCUCGAUGGGAUUAGCGGCAUUUGCCGCUGGAGAAUAUUUCUUAAAUCAAGGUUUAUCAGCAGUUUUGGGAGCCAUUGGCAGUCGUGGUAUUCAAGAUAUCUUUUCAGGUUUCACCUCACAAAUUACAACACUUGUUCAAGAUGGCCAAACUGCUUUAAACGGCGUUGUUAGUAACUUAACACAGAUUGUUAGCGGAGUUUUAGAUGCAUCAAAAACCACACUGGGAACUAUUACAAGAUCAAUUGAUGGGUCAUGGUUUGAAUGUAUUGAACUCACUCGGAUAAACAAUCAACGAUUUACAUGGAACAAUCAUCGGUGGUCGUUAAAGAAAGUUGGUUGA